GCGCGAAGAGCGAUCGCCAAAACCGCGCGGCCGGACGAACCGGAAACCUGUUGCCGAGCGCAUAUUCCAACUUAAAGGGAAAAAACUUUAUUGCUUACGUCACAUAUGAAACUAGAAAAUAAAAAAGAACAAAAGGAAGCAUUUCAAUGAUGACCGAAUCACUACAUUGGGUGUUGAUGAAUCGGCGACCGAAGCAAUUUCGGAUGCAUCGGAUGUGCGGAACACUUGUGUUGUCUGCAUAGGCGAUGGAGCGGCGAGGAUACGCUUCGCCAAACAUUUCUUUAACCUGUUGAUUGUCUUAUAAUACUUCGACCUCCAAUGAAAAAAGUUUGUGUGUGUGUAAUACAAUUUUGAUCGCAUCGAAUUAUUAUAAUUAAUUUUAAGUGUCCUGUGUUUAAAGUGAAAUGGAACUUUUAGAAAAAUGAACGUGAUAGCCGCGGAAACUAAUGGAUUACGGAGAAUUAAUUGGCGUGAGUACUUCAGAUGUGGUGAUAUUUUUUAAUUUCGGCUGACAUCAAUGCGGAUGUUGUUUAGUGGCGAUUCUUUCUAAUUUAUCUUGGAUUAAUUUAUGUGGAUUUGUGUGACAGUCAAUCCCAUCAGCUGAUCUGAGCGACAAUUCAUUUCAUAAAUAUGAAAUGGUUGAUAUUUUAUGACUGAGGGAGCAGUAUGACUGACUCGAGAAGGCGAUCUUCUUCUGAAUCUGAGGGUGAAGUGGGUGACACCAGUGUUAAGAUUUUAAUUAAUGAUGUCACGCCCUGUGAUUCUAGGGAGUUCCUUCAUAUCCCUUCUGCAUUGUUACAAUGUUCCAUUCGCAGAAGUGCCCGCAAGGACAGGGCUAAAGUGCCACUCCAACGUAGAGCGUCUUGGUGUUGCUCUCGUAAGAGAAAUCAAACCGGAAGGAUUAAUCGAUGUUGGAGCAUGGGAGUGUUAUUAGCUGAUCAUCGCCAGAGAGCUAACAGUGCCAUCCAGGAUCUUGUGUUUCAAACUAGAUUCUCUUCCACUAAGACUGAAAGCCAAGAGAGUAUUCCAGAGGGAAUGAAAGAAAAACAGCGUAGCUUCUCUGCUGGAAGUCGUGAAGAUGUUUUUCAAUUUGCUGAACAGUUUCAGAAUUCUGUUCAAAGCAUGACAGAUGUGGCCACUGAAAGAGCUCAUUCAUUAUGUAUAAGUAGAGCCGAGCCAAAAGUUGCAAAAAAGCAUUCCUUAGUUGGUUUGGGCGGAAAAAAUUCUAGAAAAGAAGAAUGGCUUAUUGCACCCCGCUCUACCCUGCAAAAAUCUGUUUCUACUCCUUCUAUAGUUGCUGCUCAAGAAAUACAAGAAAUUGCACAUCGAAGGGAUGGUCGUGACAGUGUGUACUGCAGAAACAGAUUCUCAUUUCAAAAUAUUAGAAAUUCUUGUAUUGAAAUAAUGCAUGAAGAUGAAGAAGAACCAGAAGAUAUGAAUAUUAAGCGACUAAGUAGUUUUUCACUUGCAAAUCUACUCAGGGAGAAUCUGUUGAAAACGGGAGUACAAGAUAACGAAGAAGACAAACCUUUUAACAAAAGAAAGAAAAGGGGAAGCUUAUUUUUUCGAAAGAAAAAGAAUAAAGAAAAGGAUAAGAAGAAUGCAUCACAUCAUUUUGUUUCAAUUUGUUACAGUACUGCGGCUACUUGUGAUGUUUGUAGUCGUGCCUUAGCCAACAAGUCAGCCCUUAAGUGUGAAAAUUGUUCAGUAACCGUUCAUGAUAGUUCUUGUAAAGAUCAUGUUCCUCAUUGUGUUCAGCCAAAAAUUUCUCCAGCUCCUGAUAAAGAUUCAAAUUCAUCUCAUCUCACCCCAUCUGGAAGUGUUCGUUAUCCUACUCGUUAUCGGCAUCUCAUAGGAACUCCCCUUACUCAUAGUCAAAGUGUCAUCAAUUUAGGGAAGCAUUCACAGCCAAAUAAAGAAAAAAAAUCUUCCCUGACUGACACAACACGUAUAAAUAUUACUACUAGUACAGAUUCCUCCAAAGUGUCUUCCCCUUCUUCUAACAAAGUGAUUUGUGAGGAGAAAGUGGAAGAAGUAGUUGAAGAUGUUAGCACAAAUAUAUUAGAAAUCAACUCUGCUUCCGUUGAAUCAUUAGAUGAUGGUAGCCAAGGAACAAGUGAUACUGAAGAUGAUACAAUGUUGCAGCUAUUGGAUGAUGAACCAGAAUCUUGGAAUGGUACUGUGGAUAAAAAGAUUUUAAAGAAAUUGAAAGACAAAGAUGUCAAGAGACAAGAAGCAAUUUAUGAGCUUAUUCUUACAGAGAAACACCAUUGUCUAACACUUAAAAUAAUGCAACGGGUGUUUGCAAAAGGUAUGAUACAGGAAUUGAAUGUCAGUAAAGAUAUGGUGCAAAGACUGUUUCCCUGUCUUGAGCAACUUUUGAGGUAUCAUCUAAACUUUCUUCAGAAGCUGAGGGAACGACAGAGAUUAGAAGCCAUAGUCUCUCAUAUUGGGGAUGUUCUGGUACAACAGUUUGAAGGUGAAAAUGCUGAAGAUGUUCGAUUAUUCUAUUCUCAAUUCUGUAGUCAACAUAAGGAAGCUCUUUCUUUGUAUAAGGAUUACCUAAAAUCUGAUAGGAAGUUUCAGUCUUUUGUUAAAAGGUGUUCUUCUAAGCCAUUCUGCAAAACUCGGGGCAUUCCGGAAUGCAUCUUACUAGUCACUCAACGUGUUACAAAAUAUCCCCUUCUUAUAGAUUCUUUAAUUAAGACUACAAAAGAUAAUAAAGUAGAAAUAGACUGCCUGAACAGAGCAUUAGCCAAUAUUAAAGAAAUAGUUGCUCAAGUUAAUUCUGCCGUAGCCUCAAAAGAAAAGGAAGAGAGAUUACUCGAAAUAUACAAUAGAAUAGAUGCUAAGUCUACUGCCUUUUUUAAAAAGAAAAAGUUUAAAAAAUCAGAUUUAUUAUCAGAUAGCCGUAAACUACGGUUUGAAGGGAUUCUUGAGUGGAAAAGUGCCAGAGGAAAAGUUAUUGAAGUUCACAUGGUUAUUUUAUCUGAUGUUAUUGUCCUACUUCAAGAAAACAAUCAGAAAUUUACUUUUGCUUCCUUAGAUAAUAAAGCUGCCAUUAUUUCCCUCCCAAAGUUGCUCGUACGAGAGAAAGCUGGGCAAAACAGUCGAGGUAUAUACUUAAUAUCAUCCAAUCCAAAAGAUCCUGAAAUGUACGAAAUGCUCUGUUCUUCCCCCAAAGAUAAGAAGCAUUGGCUACAGAUUAUAAGAGAUUCUGCUGCCAUGGCUGCUCGAGAGGCAAGAGAACACAGUAUCGUAAGAGGUAGAACAGAUAGUGAUAUUAUUGUAGAUGAUGACAAAACUUGCAAAAUUGCUGAUUUAUGUGCCACAAUGCAAGAGAGAGAUGUAGAGAUUGUUACUCUUUGUGAAGAAAAAAUUAAAGCCAUGUUUGGUGCUUUGGAAUUGCUAGGCUUUGAUAAACAUAAAUUUUCCCAUGUGGAUUUUCAUCAGUUUCUAAGCAAGGAAGAGGAGGAAACAGAACUGUUGCUACAAUCUAAUCUGAAUCAAGCUUGCCAUAUUGCCAGCAGGUUAUUGUAUUUUCAUACAAAUCCUUACAAUAAUUCAUUGGAAUGUACAACUUCAGCCAGUAUGUCGCCCGUUCUUCCGAAGAGAGCCGAGACGUUUGGAGGUUUUGACAAUUCUGGGAGAGAAGUAACUGACAAAGUGAGCAUCCUAAAGAAAAAACUAAUGCAGUUGAAAGAAAUCGAUGGUGAUUGCAGUGGAGAAAGAGAACUUUCUUAUUCCGAUUCUAGUCUACAUAUGAAGGCAAAACCAGAAGGAGCACCUAACCUGAAAUUUGUUCCACUUGCUAAAACUCCCGAAAGCUCAUCCAGUGGAAGUAAUUUUAACUAUUCAUCCUCACCUUGUGGUUUUAAUCGUUUAGAAGAACUAGCUGAAUUGAAUCAGCUUCUUGCAUCAGUUACGAGCUUACUACAUCAUCAUCUUUCAAUUUAUCGAAAAGAGUUCGGAAGAAGACGCUAUAGGCCAGAUCAACAGUUGGAAGAGCUUAGGAACAUCCAGGAGAAAUUAAGUCAAGAAAGACUUCAAUGGGAACAGGAAAAAGCUAAACAAGAGAAGGAAUUAGACAAAAAGAGAGAGGAUCUUCUUCAAAUGCAGAAACUUAUCUGUGGUGAACAUGCCAAUAUAGAAGGAAACAAACUCACCUGCUAUGUUCCAGACAAAGUUUGCGACCAGAACUGCACCUCACCCAAUCUCUGCCGCCACAAACGCUCCGCCUCAUUCGACUUCCGCACCAUAGUCAACGUCAACCAGGACACGGGCGGCCGACAGUCCUGGAGCGGCCCCAUCGAUGAUGCGUCUCUUGCCUGGCAUCAACACUUCUGCUCAACACAGAGUUCAUCCGACAUUCCACAGGCGGUGAACCACACCCCAUACAUUCAUUUCAAUCAAAAUAAUUGCCAACAGACUCUAGGGGCUUCCAGGGGAAGCUUCUCCGCCCCCUCUAGUGAGCACAGACAAUGCGGAAGGAACUGCGAUUGGACUUCCAAAGAGGCGGAAAACUCUUCCAAUCACUGCUCCGCGAGCACGUCUCCGGAGAGAGAGUGUAAUAAAUGCUUAAGUCCGCAACGUUUUGAAGUGAAUGGCAAAUGAUUUGUGGUUAAAAGGAAAGUCUUUUUAAAUUAUUGUGAUUCUCUUUGUAGAUAAAAAAGAAGUUAUGGAUGGACAAUCAUUUCUCAUUAGAAUGUUUGCACGGGUGAUAUUUCUCAUUUGGUUUGAAGAAAAAAAAGGAAGAAAAGUUUGCAUGUUGUUCAUAUUGAAAUUUUAAACUAUCUCGGAUGAAUUCAGUAAGAAUUAACGGAGAAGUUUGAGGGCAUUUUAUUUUUUUGUAGAAUCUCAUCCGAUAUUUAAAAUAUCUUCACAGGGGUCUGUCUAGGUUUUUUUGAGCCUGAAUUAAAAAAUUCCGCAAUGACCGGCUUUAGCUAGAAUUUCAGAUUGAUAAUAUAAAAAGUAAUUUCCAAGUAGCAAAAAUUUAAAAAAGAUUAACUUUACAAAAUUUUUUUGAACUGGAGAAUAUUGCCUAUAAUAUUAGAAUAUAUGUUCUUUUAUAUUUAGAUUUUAAAAAAAUUCUUGCAUUUAUAAUUU